AUGACUGUGGAGAACAUACAACGAGCAGUGGCAGCAGCAAGUACCGCAAAUUCCAUGGAAGAGACCGCAGUGGAGGAUCUGCUCAGAAUCCCGACUCAUCACCUGCUGCCCAUUUUCCUCAUGGCUUUCAUUCUCUUAAUUUUGCUCGCUGCAAUUCUGUACGACUGCAAGGCGGACAGGGAUCGCUGCAGGAAACGUUCGGGGUCGGAAUCGGACAAAACAGGUGUCUAUUUGUAUGAUGGAGAAACAGGCGAGUCAAGGAUAUACACCGAAUGA